GUGGCGCGGUGCAGUGCGGGACAGCCUGAGCCGCACAGGAGGAUGGAAUCCAGCAUGAACCUCCUGCACGAUGCGGGCAUCCAGGCGACACACUGGCUGCAGGAGCACUUCCAUGGCUCCCAGGACUUGUUCCUCUUCAUCUCCUUCGCUGCCGACCUCAGGAACGCUUUCUUUGUCCUCUUCCCUAUCUGGUUCCACUUCAACGAGUCGGUGGGCAUCAGGCUCAUCUGGGUGGCUGUGAUUGGCGACUGGCUCAACCUCGUCUUCAAGUGGAUCCUCUUUGGGGAAAGACCAUACUGGUGGGUCCAUGAGACGGACUAUUACAGCAACGCCUCUGCCCCAGAGAUCCAGCAGUUCCCACUCACCUGCGAGACCGGCCCUGGGAGCCCCUCCGGACAUGCCAUGGGUGCAGCAGGAGUGUAUUAUGUCAUGGUGACGGCCCUCCUCUCCGCCGCUAUGGGCAAGAAGCAGCUGAAGACACUCAAAUACUGGGUGCUGUGGACGGUGCUGUGGAUGGGGUUCUGGGCAGUCCAGGUCUGUGUCUGCCUGUCCCGAGUCUUCAUUGCUGCCCACUUCCCCCAUCAGGUCAUCGCAGGGGUCAUCUCAGGGAUGGCCGUGGCCAAGACCUUCCAGCACAUCCGCUGCAUCUACCACGCCAGCCUCCGCCGCUACGUGGGCAUCACCUUCUUCCUCUUCAGCUUCGCCCUGGGUUUCUACCUGCUGCUGCGGGCGGUCGGUGUGGACCUGCUCUGGACACUGGAAAAGGCACAGAAGUGGUGCAAGCACCCUGAAUGGGUCCACAUUGACACCACUCCCUUCGCCAGCCUCCUCCGUAACCUGGGCAUCCUCUUUGGGCUGGGGCUGGCCCUCAAAUCCCACAUGUACCUGGAGAGCUGCCGGGGGAAGCAGGGCCAGCGGCUGCCCUUCCGCCUGGGCUGCGCCGCCGCCUCCCUCCUCAUCCUGCAUCUCUUUGAUGCCUUCAAGCCGCCCUCCCACAUGCAGCUGCUCUUCUAUGUCCUCUCAUUCUGCAAGAGCGCCGCGGUGCCUCUGGCCACCGUUGGCCUCAUCCCCUAUUGCAUCUCCCAGCUCCUGGCCACGCGGGACAAGAAGGCUGCCUAGGAACGUCCCCGCAGGUAAUGGUGCGCCCGGGCUGUGGGCUCGGGGGCAGUCACAGGCCAUGGGUGCACCCAGCACUGUUUGCUCCCCUCUAAACCUGCACAGACUGACUGCACACUGGGAGCGGACUGUGAGAAGGUGCUGCCGGGCGGCUCCUGCAUGGACCCGUAGCACCGGUCACGCUGUAGGCUCGAGUGGUCUGUGGCCAGGCGAUGGCACAGUGAGCCCCGCACUCCCAGGGCUCUCCUGCCACCCUCCUCGCACCCAAGGGUGGGAGUCAUCAGCCCAGGACCUGGUGCAGCGGGGAGAUGACCCUGCACUCCCCUGCAGCUCAUGGGGACACGGCACCUCCAUGGUGCAGGGUUGGAGAUGGCACCACCGGGAGCAGGGUGCUCACCCAUGGGUACUCGGGGGCUCCUGUUACAGGAACAGGCAGACACUGUGGUUUGGACAUAAAGCGAUGGCUUGUAGGAGCCCCUCCAGCCCUGUGGUGCUCAGCGUUCACUGCUGUGUGAAGCAGCAAGGGGUACACGUAUGCAUAUGUGUGUACACAUACAUGAUGCGUAUCUGUGCACACAUAUACCUGUGGAUGUAUCUGUGAGCAAGAGGUAUUUUAUUAAAGCUGAAGGUGUGUUUAGCAGAUGA